GAAGCAGCAGCUCUUCAAGUAAUCAGCUAGAAACUACAUAAAAUCCAACAUGACCGGACGCGGUAAAGGAGGUAAAGGUCUUGGAAAAGGAGGAGCCAAACGUCAUCGUAAAGUACUCCGCGAUAACAUCCAGGGAAUCACCAAGCCCGCCAUCCGUCGGUUGGCUCGUCGUGGUGGAGUGAAACGUAUCUCCGGUUUGAUUUACGAAGAGACCCGCGGCGUGUUGAAAGUGUUCCUGGAAAACGUAAUCCGUGAUGCAGUCACCUACACCGAGCACGCCAAGAGGAAAACCGUUACAGCUAUGGACGUCGUCUAUGCCCUGAAACGUCAAGGACGCACCUUUCCGUCUAAUCGUACACAUCCAAAUUCAACAAUGGCUCGUACCAAGCAAACGGCACGUAAAUCUACCGGAGGAAAGGCGCCCAGGAAGCAGUUGGCCACCAAAGCCGCCCGUAAGAGCGCACCCGCCACCGGAGGAGUGAAGAAACCCCAUCGUUACCGUCCGGGAACCGUCGCUCUCCGUGAAAUCCGUCGUUACCAAAAGAGUACCGAACUGUUGAUCCGCAAAUUGCCGUUCCAACGUCUGGUGCGUGAAAUCGCCCAGGACUUCAAGACCGAUUUGCGUUUCCAGAGCUCCGCCGUCAUGGCGUUGCAGGAAGCAAGCGAGGCCUAUUUGGUCGGUCUCUUCGAAGACACCAACUUGUGCGCAAUUCACGCCAAACGCGUCACAAUCAUGCCAAAGGAUAUCCAAUUGGCUCGACGCAUCCGCGGAGAACGUGCAUAA